AUGAGCUCUGGGACAAAACUCAGCGAAUCUAGCACUACCGUAGUGAAAAACUAUCAAGAGGCCAUUAGAGACUUGUACAGGGAUUCCUUUCUCAAAUUUGACCAAAAACAAUACCACGAUGAGCACUUCCAGCAUACUGACUCGAAAUUAACAAGAUUUAAAACUUCAAAAGCCGGCAAUCCGGUUCUGGACUUGCAGUUCAACCGUAAAGGCAGUUUUUUGGCUUAUAGUCGUUGUGACGGGUCCAUAAAUUUUUGGAACAGGACGUCUGUUGGUACGCCUCGUCAUACGUAUGUCCAAUGUGAUCCGGACAUCAAAAUGUACACAUUGACUUGGAACCCAUCAGAUGAAUAUCAGCUGGCAACGACGUCGGGAACAGAUUCUAUAACAGUCUGGGAUGCGUUGACGGCUACUGUGUGGCGAGUUUUUGAGGUUGAGAAGGAUGCUAAGAUGAGGUUGGCUAGCUAUGAUCCGGAGGGGAAAUGGCUAGCCACAGUACUGGAACCAAAUCGCGUACAAAUGCUCGACGUCGAAAAUGAAUAUUCUUUGCUUUAUGAAUAUCGAGGCAACACUGUCACGCCAGAGAUCGAAGCACCCACUGUUGCGUCCUUGGCUUGGAACAAUGACGGUAGCAUCCUUCUGUGUGGAUACGACGACGGUAAAAUCGACGUUCUUCAAGUUAGUAGCUCCGAAAUCACAAAACUUAUCACAUUAAAUGGUCAUAUGGGAUGCAUAACGUCGAUGAGUUUUGACCCGCAAGACCGGUUCUUUGUUGUUGGUAGCGAAGACACCAUGUGUACCAUUUGGGAUUUGGAAUCUCUAUGCUGUGUACGUGUCAUUGAGGCAUGUCAGGAGCCGAUUUUGAGCAUUGACGUGAGUCGAGAUGGAUUCUGCGUUGCGAUCGUUACCGAAAAUUCAGCAAACAUCUAUUCUGCGGUCGCCGGCGAGUUAUUGUACGAGGUACCAUCGGAAUUCCUUCCAGCUACACGACUGAAAUUUGUUCCAGAUCAAGAGGAGUUUGCUUUGAGUGCAAAAGCAGGUUUGGUAACGGAGUUUGUUGUUCCCAAGGCAAUUGGCGUUUCUCGACCCUUUGCAACGGAUGUUCACAAAGAGUCGCAACUGCGCCAGAGUAAUAGAGGUCCCUCAAUAAAUAAUCGUCUCCAGCCCAAAUCGCGAUACACCGAUGAGGAAUCCAGAUUGCCUAGACGAAAUGCGAGCAACCGUCGGUCUAAUGCAAGAAAAUUUCAGCUAUAG